CUCCCUUCGUCUUCUUCCUCUGAGUCUCUGACUAAAAGAACCAAAAAAAAAAACAGAGGAAAGAAAAUGAAAAGCGGAGGGAACACAAACACUAAGCUCAUACUUGUUCAUCCAUACAUUCAAAAACAAACAAGCUCAAAUCGUCUAUGCCUUCUCGCUUUUGUCUCCAUCUUCACCAUCGCUUCUCUCCUUACUCUACUCUACACCACCGACUCCAUUAUCCCUUCCAAAAACGUCUCCUCCGUCAUCUCCUCCGCUCGGAGCUCUCAACUGCCAACGACCGCCAUCAACGCUCUGCUCCACUACGCAUCGAGAUCGAACGACAGCUACCACAUGUCACACGGAGAGAUGAAAUCGAUCUCCGACGUCCUCCGCCGCUGCCCCCCGCCAUGCAACCUCCUCGUCUUCGGCCUAACCCACGAAACCCUCCUCUGGAAAUCGCUGAACCACAACGGCCGAACCGUGUACAUCGAAGAGAACCGUUACUACGCCGCUUACUUCGAAGAAAUCCACCCGGAGAUCGAAGUCUUCGACGUUCAGUACACGACCAAAGCUCGCGAGGCGCGCGAGCUCGUCUCGGCGGUUAAAGAGGCGGCUAGGAACGAGUGUCGUCCCGUGCAGAAUCUUCUCUUCUCCGACUGCAAACUCGGUCUCAACGAUUUGCCUAACCACGUCUACGAUGUCGAUUGGGAUGUGAUCUUGGUCGAUGGGCCACGUGGCGACGGUGGAGAUGUGCCGGGAAGGAUGUCGUCCAUUUUCACGGCGGCGGUUCUUGCUCGGAGUAAAAAAAUUGGCGGGAAUGCGAGGACGCAUGUGUUUGUUCAUGAUUAUUACAGAGAUGUGGAGAGACUUUGCGGCGAUGAGUUUCUUUGCCGGGAGAAUCUUGUGGAAUCUAAUGAUAUGCUUGCGCACUAUGUGUUGGAGAGGAUGGAUAAAAACAGCACGCAGUUCUGUUGCGAUCGUAAGAAACGCUCUGUUUCUCCAUCGCCUUGAGUAAAACUGUGGGCUAAUUCUCGUAGAGAGACAUGCAACAGACAGUGGUGAUUGACACGUCACACGUCAAUCACGGAGGACUUUGUGUAAAAUAAAAACCUUUUUCUCCUUUAAAUCUUUUCUCCUACUGUAAUUUUCAAAAUCUUUGACAUGUGAAAUUUCACCCUUAAAAACAUAUGUACUUGGAGUUGGAGGUUCACUUA